GUGCUCAGGAGGGUGUAUAUAUAGGGGUGAAGAUGUGUCCAGGAACACACUGAGUUCAUCUGUCACCGGGCACACCAGUACGUCACCAUGUACACAGCCGCCCUGCUUCUCGUGAUUGUGGCCGUCGCAGUCGCCGUUCCUCUUCCCCAGGACGUGCGUCAGGGCGUGAUUCCGGUCUUGCAGCGCACGGAAGUCAGGGACGAAGCAGGACAGUUCUCCCUCAGCUACCUGUCCGGGGAUGGGACGACGUUCAACGAGCAGGGCGCCCUGAAGCCCACGGCCGACGGGACUGACAACGUGCUGGUGAAACAAGGCUCCUUCUCCUACACGAGCCCCGAGGGGAACCCCAUCCAGCUGACCUACGUCGCCGACGAGUUCGGAUUCCGCCCGGAAGGGUCGCACCUACCCAUAGCCCCCGCCGUCCCCGCACCGACCUUCUAACACGGCAGCCCAAAAUAUCUGUGUAAAAUAUGUCAGUGUUGUAUUCGUAUGCAUUUCCGUUUAGCUUUGUAAUAUGAAGUUUUCGUCUUUUUAAUAAACCGAAAUUUUACUGAAAACUCA